AUGUCAAAGAGAACCUCUAAUUUUCGUUCAUCAACAUCAUCAUCUGGUAAAUCUAAACAGUUUGAUGUGAACAGUGUUUUGGAUAGAACUCCUCUAUCAAACAUUUCAAAUGUUAUUGAUACCGGUGAAAGGCGAAGAAUCCGAAAAAGAAUACUUGAGAGUAAGAGGUCGAAGAAUAGAACUUCUUCUUCAAAUGUUGGUGUGACGUUACGUGAUAAAGAAAACUCAUCUCACGUAUCUAAUGUUACAAAUCAGAUAGAUAUGACAAUCCCUUUUCAGAGAAGUGUAGAUGCUACGCUAUCUUCAUAUAUUAAUAAUAUAGGUGAUUUUGACAGAAUUCCUCUAUCAGCCAUUUCUACUGUUAUUGAUACUGGAGAAAGACGAAGUAUCCGAAAAGCAAUAAUUGACAAAAAGAAGGGAAAGAAAAAAACUUCUACUACAAACGUUGAUGUCGGCAUACGUGGGAAAGAAAACGUAUCUCAAGUCUCUAAUGUUACACAUAAUAUAAAUACGACAAUCCCGUUACAUGGAAGUCUGAAUGGUAUGCCUGCUUUACUUGAUACAAACUUAUCCCGUAAUGAUAAUUUGCAAAACAACGAUGUAUCCUUAUGUACCCCCGGCGUAUAUUCGAUUAACUCAAAUAUCUUGACAUAUACCAAUUCGACUUCAACAUCUAACAGAACAUCACUUAGUAAGUUAUCAGCCAGUAAGCGCAAACUGAAGCACAAGGCACGUGAUUUAUCCCCAGUAGUUAUGCAAAGUUUGGAAUCGGGUGACCCUAGCGAUGCUGAAAUUUUUGUUCCAGAUCCUUAUAAAGGAAUUUCAAGUGAGUACAUGGAUCAUGGUGAUCAAGUUGUUAUAUGUGAUAUUUGUCAUGCCAAGUUAUGGACUUCCGAAGGUGGAAAAGGUCGAUUGACAUUGGGCAAGUUAUGUUAUGGUUUAUGUUGUGGAUAUGGGAAAGUUGAGCUACCACAUUUAAAGGAGGCAAAUCCGUCGUAUAAAAAUUUGUUCCACAUGUCCGAUCAAAGAAGCAAGUUCUUCUUAAAGAAUAUCCGACGAUAUAAUUGUAUGUUCUCUUUUACAUCAAUGGGUGGAAAGGUUGAUUCCAAAAUAAACAAGGGAAAUGCUCCAUUUAUAUACCGAAUUAGUGGUCAAAAUUUUCAUAGCUUAGGUAGUCUAAAACCAGCUAAUGGCAAGCAAGCUAAGUUUUCUCAACUAUACAUAUACGAUACUGAGAACGAGGUAUAUAACAGACAAAGUGUAUUGGGGCAACAUGUAACUUCACAUGAACAGGAGUUGGACGUCGAAAUAAUUGAAUACCUUAAAGAUUUUUUAGAUUCCCAUAAUGAGUUGGUUAAAUCUUACAGAAUGGUACGAAACCAUUUUCAACAAAAUCCUGGAGCAAACCUUAAGCUCCGACUUAUUUACAACAGAGACAAAGAUGGAAGAACUUAUAAUCUGCCAUCCUCGACUGAAGUAGCUGCUUUGAUUGUCGACGAUUUAGAUGCUUCUAUUGAUCGUCGUGACAUUUUUGUUGAAACUCAAUCUGGUAUGCUUAAACGUAUUAGUGAGUUACAUCCAUCAUACCUUGCUCUUCAAUAUCCUAUUUUUUCCCGUUUGGUGAUGAUGGAUAUAGAAUCGAUAUUCCUCAUAGGGAUGGUGUAA